AAUAAGGUUAAGGCUCACUACAAUGCUUGGUAAAGAGGCUGUUGUGCCAAGUGAACGUGUCUUAGGUCUUAAGGUGAGAGGCUACAACUCCUCAGAAAUGAUUGAACUCCCUCCUGCUUACACUAAAGACUGUAUACCAGUUAAUCGCUCCCACAUUCCUUCCUGUGAAACGGCAAGACAGUGGAAUCAUCUUAAGGUAAUAGUGAACGAGAUUCCUUCACAACUAGAAUGUGAAUUUGGGCUUUUAAUUGGCUACAAUUGCUCUAAGGCAUUAGCUCCAAGGCAGGUAAUCUUAGGAGGAGAGAACGAACCCUAUGCAGUCCGAACAGCACUGGGCUGGAGUAUUGUAGGACCCACAUCAUCCCACAGUGACUCUUUUACCAUGUCUGCUGUGUGUCACAGAGUCACAGUCAAAGAGCUUCCUUUAAUGACCCCAGCUGAUGCACUCAAGGUUCUCGAGUCUGACUUUAAGGAUGAUAACAAGGAUAACAGAUCAGUGUCUCAGGAUGACAUUCUCUUUCUGAAUACAUUGAAGGAAGGCAUUUACAAAAACAAUGAAGGACAUUAUGAAAUGCCACUUCCAUUUAAGGAGAGACCUCACUUACCAGACAAUAAGCAAAUGGCCACUGUGCGACUUCAAAGCCUCAAAAACAAGCUGUUGAAAGACCAAAGGUACAAGGAGCAAUAUGUAAAAUUUAUGAGUGAAGUCACAGAGAAGGGUGAUGCUGAGGAAGAGCACAGUGAAGCAAAGGAAGGAGAAAAGUGGUAUAUUCCCCACCACGGGAUAUAUCAUCCCCAAAAACCAGACAAACUCAGAGUAGUUUUCGACGCCUCAGCAAAAUACAAAGGUAACAGUCUCAAUGAUCACUUGCUGUCAGGGCCAGAUUUGUUGAACAGUCUAAAUGGUGUUUUAAUCAGAUUCAGACGGCAUCAAGUUGCACUGUUGUGUGACAUUGAAAAAAUGUUCCACCAAUUUCAUGUGUAUGAAGCAGAUAGAGACUAUUUAAGAUUUUUAUGGUGGACAGAUGGCAACCUGGACACUGAGCCUCAGGAGUUUCGAAUGAAGGUUCACCUUUUUGGCGCCACAUCCUCGCCAGGGUGUGCCAAUUAUGGAUUAAAACAUCUUGCAAAAGAAAAUGAGACACAGUUUCCCCUUGCAUCUCAGUUCAUAAUAAAGGAUUUCUAUGUGGACGACGGUGUAACAAGCACGGCAAGCAUCGAGGAAGCUAUUCAGCUAGCUCAGGAGGCUCAGACACUCUGUGCAUCAGGCAGCCUCAGACUACACAAGUUUGUGAGUAACAACAAAACAGUGUUGGAAAGCAUUCCACCAUCAGAACGUGCCUCCCCACAGCAAGCAUGUGACCUGGCAUUUAAUGACUCUAAACUUGAAAGAGCACUAGGCAUUCAUUGGCACAUAGACUCAGACACACUCAGGUUUCGCUUUCUUCCCAACGACCAACCUGCUACAAGGCGUGGCAUCCUAUCUAUGGCAAAAGAGUGCUUCAAGAGGCAUGCAAACAAGGCACAAGCUGGGAUGAUCCCCUUUCCAGUGAACUAA